AUGGGCGAAGCAAGCUCCAUCCGUCAAACUCCAAGCCUUACUUCCCAAGAAGCGCUUGCACGCGACAGUUACCCCAAGCUUCCCAACUUUUGGUUUGGUAGACUCCCAACCUUCGAGUUUUCGGAUCCCAACCGUCGGGAAUUAAUUUACCAUGAUUUCAUGGCGACCGGAAUUGAUCCAGGGACCAAACUGAUCCCACACCAAUUAUCGAUCGCUGAGCCACACGACACCCAAGCAUACAACGGACAACGUGUCAAAGCUGCUUAUACCAUGUUUACAUUUUGA